AUGCAUACAAUUAUUCAUCGCAGUGGAGGUGGGUGGAGCACUGCUCGCCCCGGCCGGACUCGAACAUGGUUAAAGAAGGAUGUGAAUGUGUCACACAAAACUCGUGGACAAAUCAGACGCCUCCCCGUGACUUCUUGCCGAUCCACGGGCUUCACCGACUUCCCCUUCUGCCCCAAGAGCGGCCGCGACGACCGCCGCUUCCCGGGCCACCGCGAGGUGCACCUGUACCUCAAGGACUUCUGCGCCGCGUUCGGGCUCAUGGACGCCGUGAGGCUCAACACCAGGGUCCUGCGCGCCGUCAUGACGCCGGCGCGUCGGUGGGCGGUGAGGUCCGUGGACCUCGGCGUCGGGGAGUGCGAUGAUCCCGACGGGAAGGAGUUGGACGCGUGCGUGGACGAGGUGUUCGACGCCGUCGUCGUCGCCACCGGCCACUACUCGCAGCCAAGAUUGCCAUGCAUCAAAGGCAUGGAGACGUGGAGGGGGAGGCAGAUGCACAGCCACUCGUACAGGGUGCCGGAGCCGUUCCGCGGCGAGGUGGUGGUGGCGGUCGGGUGCGGGGAGAGCGGCAAAGACAUCGCCAUGGAGAUCCGCGGCGUGGCCAAGGAGGUGUACCUCGUCGCCGGGUCCACGGAGGCGGUCACCCCAGGCCUGUCCAAGGUGCUGGCCAAGCACAGCGCCGACCUCCAUCUCCGACUUGAGGUGGAGCGUCUGUGCGAGGACGGGCGGGUGGCGUUCACGGACGGCGGCGGCGCCGGCUCCAGCUCCAGCGUCGCCGCCGACACCGUCAUCUACUGCACGGGGUACAGCUACUCGUUCCCGUUCCUGGACACGGGCGGAGCCGUCGCCGUGGACGACAACCGCGUGGGCCCGCUGUUCGAGCACGUGUUCCCGCCGUCGCUGGCGCCGUCGCUCUCCUUCGUCGGCGUGCCGAGGAAGAUCUUCGAAGCCCAGGCCCGGUGGGUGGCGCAGGUGCUGUCCGGCAGGCGGGCGCUGCCGGCGGAGGAGGAGAUGCUCCGGUCCGUGGAGGAGUUCUACCGCGCCAGGGAGGCCGCCGGCGUGCCCCGCAAGUACACCCACGAGAUCGGCAGGCGGGAGAUCACGUACAUGGACGAUUUCGGGGAGAAGUACUGCGACUUCCCUCGCGUGGAGGGGUGGAAGUACGAGCUGCUGGGGUCGUCCGCGGGGCUAUGGAGGAGUGGCAUCUCUCUUGUGUGCAAAGCUCGCCGCCUAGUUGCUGCAGCUACACAGACGGCCGUCCCUGCCCAACUGGUCUCCAUCAACAAGCACAAUAAUUACAAAAUCACUAUUCAGGAAGUAUUCUUUGUAAAGACCACUCCUACAUCCAGGAUGGGACAAGUGUCGCACUGCAUGUGCGAAGGGAGUUUUUCCUUUUUCCGGAGAUGUGUUUUAUUCAAAACGUUUUAUCUCUCAAAUUGUACGUCCAAAUAUCGAACAUUUUUCACCGUUGGAUAUUCGCGUCGAGAUCUCCAAAACAAGAUUCGUGUUGAUAGGUUUCGAUGGAUUUUUUUAUGA